AGUAAUUGAAAAUCGCCUUAAUUAUAGGCAGUAACAAUUUUGACGUGUCAGUAAAAAGUAAUGUAAUAAAUAAAUAAAAUGACAUAACCAAAUAAUUACCUGGUAAACUUUUAAUGGUUGACAAUAUAAAUAAAUAUGGAUAAUAUUUCUCUAAAUUUAACAAAGUGGGACUCGCCGGAAAACGGCCUAGCUCCUUUAUCACAGCUCCAAAAAGAUAAAAUAAAUAAUUUAGAAGAAGCUGUAUUGCAAUUAGACAUAGUAAGUACCAACAGUGACAAUAAUUCCCAAAUUUCCGAAAAAGACACUAAAGAAACUGAGGAAAAAAUCGAGGCGUACAGACAAUUGCUCAGUCAUUACGGAGUUUUGGAAGCGAAUUACGACGCAGCAAAGUGUUCUCGAUACUUCAAUUACCUAGAACAAUUAAAGCAGCGCACCGAUGAGUGCCACAGUCUGUGUACGCUUAUCGAGCAAGCCCUGGAAGAUUUUUCCUUGCUAUCCAAACAAUAUGCGAUUGUAUCCGUCAAGACAAUGACACUCCACAACGCUACGGAACAGCUGAUCUCCGAGCAGGAAAAAUUAACCAGCACUUACAACAACAUAGUAAACUACGUAAAGUACUUCAAAGAAGUCCACUUUAUAAUGGACAAACUAGAAAUGGCGAACUUGUCAGUACGUAGUGACGUAUUUAUGCAACUCACCAACACAAUAGACACCAACAUAGACUUCAUGGAGACAAACAUCAGCUUCAAGGAAGCUAAGACUUAUUUAAUAAAAUACCGGCACUGUCAAUCCAAAGUAAUCAGCAUGAUGCAGCAGUGGAUCCACGACCUGCUAGACCAGGCAACCGACAGUAUUUUAAAUCCCAGUGAAUUGACCAGCAAUCUUAAAGAAGACGACAUCAACAAAGUCCUCGGGUCAGCUGACACAGCUCUAGCUUUAUUCUACGGAAGGUUCCAAAGAAUUUUGCCUAAAAUAAAACUCAUUAUUGAUUUAAUCGAGAAGCGCUCAGCUACAAACAGAGACUACGAAAAUUUAUUGAAUGAAUGUCAGCAGUACUAUUUAAUGAAGCGAGGACUGGUGUUGGACACCAGCGUGCGCAAAGGACUGCUUUCUAUAAAAGACUCUUACAAAGGAGACCAUUGCAGUCUGGUGAGACAAGCGUGUGCUCUUUUGCUGCACGCUUCUAUUGAUGAGUACAGAUUAUUCUACCAAUUUUUCUCAGUUAAGUCCACUGGACUUAGUGAUUAUUUAGAAGGCUUGUGCAACGCGUUGUACGACACUUUGAGGCCUUCUAUUAUCCACAUAAAUCAUCUAGAAACUCUAGCUGAAAUUUGUUGUAUUCUGAGGAUAGAAAUGCUGGAGGAACACGUGCAGAACAACAGCGAGUGUCUGGAGGGCUUUGGUAAUAUUUGUCUUCAGCUUCUUCAUGACGCGCAAGAGCGGCUGGUGUUUAGAGCUCAUCUUUAUCUUCAAUCAGACGUCGUGGGUUAUAAUCCGUCCCCUGGAGACUUGGCUUAUCCGGAAAAAUUAAAGAUGAUGGAGGAUAUUGCAGAGACGCUGAGGGAAGAGACUAGGCAGAGGAAGUACAGCAACGCUGCUGCUACUAUGAACCAUGAUUAUAUGAGCUCGGAUGCUAGAAGCAGUCAGAUCAGUUCCUUUGAUCCGAUGGCUAAAAAAAGUGGGCUUAAUAAUUCACCCGCUGAUAUGCACGGCAUGUGGUACCCUACCGUGCGUAGAACUCUUGUCUGUCUAUCUAGGCUGUACAGGUGCGUGGAUCGGCCGGUUUUUCAGUCGCUCAGUCGCGAGGCAAUAACGCUCUGCGUUGAGAGCAUUGAAAGUGCGAGAGAUAAAAUUACCUCUAGAGCUACGGAGCUUGAUGGGCAAUUAUUCCAAAUAAAACACUUGCUGAUUCUCAGGGAGCAAAUUGCUCCCUUUCAAGUCGACUUUACAGUCAAGGAAUAUUCUUUAGAUUUUUCUCAGGUUAAGACGGCAGCUUACGGGCUGCUUGAAAAAAGAUCCAGGCUUUUUACGCUCUCCAAUAACGCUUUGUUGGAAUUCUUCCUUGAAGGAGCUCCGAGGAUGAAGGAACAUUUAAUUGACUCUCGCAAGCACGUGGAUGUUAAAUUGAAGCUUUCGUGUCAGAUAUUCAUCCAACAUGUCACUAGGUUACUUGUCGAGCCGGUAACUACUCUGUUGGAGAAAGCUAAUGCUUCUAAAUUAGUGUCCAAUGUUGAGAAUACCCAAGGUGGUAGUGACCAGUGGAAUGAUCCGCAGAAAAUUGCGGCGAUUGUUAAUGAAUCGUUGAGGUUCAUUAAGUUCAGGCUGCCGAGUAUCCAGCAGUCGAUGCAAUUGUACUUGGCUAAUCGCGAGACUGAGUUUAUUUUGUUCAGGCCAAUUCGCAAUAAUGUUGUGGGUGUUUAUACGCAAUUGUAUCAAUUAUUGCAGAGCACUUUCGAUGGGGAACAGUUGCUGCUGAUUGCUUGUCCUUUGCCGGAACAAAUUUCUAUUAUGCUCAGCUCGACUAGUCUCGCUAGGGCACACAGUUAUGAUAAAGAGAGUAAUGCUUCCGAUAAUUCUGUUGAUAAGGUCACUUAGUUUCUGUAAAUAGAAUCUUUAUUUUCAUUUAUUUUUUUAUCUUAUAACAAAUUUUCAAUUAAAUUUUAAUACAUU